UUUAAGUAUAUCUAAUUCAUAAAAAUGAUUUAAUAAAUCAUUUUUAUUAUAUUUAUAUGUAGAUUUAAAAUGGAAUGGAGGAAAUAAUAAUAUUUUGGCAGCCCCAAGUGUAUUCAAAAUUUACUGAGGAUUGCAUUAUUUUGUCCCAAAUAUCCAUUGUCUCUUCCAUUUUGUGCUUUGGCUUUUGGAUAAGAAGUAGUAAUAGAAAAAAAAAUGGCGAGCGUCUCAGCAUUUUCCAUUUGCAGAGCAAAAUCUGAUUCUCAAAUUCCCCAUUCCUGUUCAUCUAUUGUAACUCCCCAGUUUUUCCCAGUUCAAUUCCUUCGAUUUCAAAGUAACAGGGGCAUUUUCGAUGGUUAUGCUUGCUCGGCAAGUUUGGUGAAAGCUAAGGUCCCUCUGAGAAGUAGUAGUACUAGGUUAUGGUCGUCAACUGAGGAAGAUGGUACUACUACUGCUGUUGAAGAAGAAGAAGCUGAAGCUUCUGCUGCUCCGACCUCUACCUCUGGUCAGACUGUUUCUGUUCCCGUCUCCCCUUCUGAUGUUCUUACCAUGUUCUUUCAGGCAGAAGGAACAAUGAAUGAAGCUGCUAUUACUUCUGUGACUAACGCUUUAGAGGAUAUAGAAGGCAUUACAGGUCGCAAAGUUCAAGUUGUCGAGGGCAUUGCAAGUGUCGAGUUAACAAAGCAAACGACGAUACAAGCUACAGGGGUGGCUUCCAGUUUGGUUGAAACAAUACAAGGUUCUGGCUUCAAGUUACAAACAUUGAAUUUGAGCUUCCAGGAUGAAGAAGAUAUUAGUUAAGGAGUGGCUUUUGGUGUUCAGAGACAUGAUAGGCUGAUAUCUUUACGAGCAUCUUAAGAGAAUUAUAUUUCUCUUUCUGGAUGCGAGUAGUUCAGUAAGCUUAUAUCUGUUAACAUUUUUGGUAUUGUCUGGUUCUUUGAUCUGUUUAUUCCUUAGCAGAUGCUCCUUUUCCACAAUAUAUAAAAAAUACUUGUGAAUUUCAAAUGAGCAGCAGAAUCAAUUUGUUUA